AUGAAGCGGCCCAGGGAGCCGAGCGGCUCCGACAGCGAGUCCGACGGACCCAUCGACGUGGGCCGCGAGGGCGAGCUGAGAUGGCCAGGCCGCUGUCCACCCCCAGCCCUUCGCAGAUGCAAGCCAGGAAGAAACGCAGAGGGAUCAUAGAGAAACGGCGCCGCGACCGCAUCAACAGCAGCCUGUCUGAAUUGCGGCGUUUGGUCCCCACUGCCUUCGAGAAGCAGGGCUCCUCCAAGCUGGAGAAAGCCGAGGUCCUGCAGAUGACGGUGGAUCACUUGAAAAUGCUCCACGCCACUGGUGGCGCAGGAUUCUUUGACGCCCGAGCCCUGGCAGUCGACUUCCGGAGCAUUGGUUUUCGGGAGUGCCUCACCGAGGUCAUCAGGUACCUGGGGGUCCUGGAAGGGCCCAGCAGCCGUGCAGACCCUGUGCGGAUUCGCCUUCUCUCCCACCUCAACAGCUAUGCAGCUGAGAUGGAGCCUUCGCCCACGCCCGCCGGCCCCCUGGCCUUCCCUGCCUGGCCCUGGUCCUUCUUUCAUAGCUGUCCAGGGCUGUCAGCCCCAAGCAGCCAGCUAGCCAUCCUAGGAAGAGUGCCCGGCCCCGUCCUCCCCAGCGCCUCCUCACUUGCUUACCCCAUCCCAGCCCUCCGAACCGCUCCCUUGCGCAGAGCCACUGGUACCAUCCUGCCGACUCGGAGGAAUCUGCUGCCCAAUCGAGGGUCAUCUACUACUCGGAGGGCCCGCCCCCCGGAGAGGCCAGCUGCCCCCCUGCCCGUGGCCCCCAGUGGCAGGGCUCCCAGGAGCAGCCACAUGGCACCUCUCCUGCCGUCUUCUUCCCCAACCCCCCCUGGCGUUGUGGGGUCCCCUGCUUAUGCGGCUGUUCCUGCACCCAGGCCUUCUUCCCUGGGGCCAGCUGGGAGACCAGCAGGAGCUGUGCUCUGCCACUCCUGGGUCUCUGAAAUCACUGAGGUUGGGGCUUUCUGAGCUGGGUUUCCCCCCAGGAGUGAGGAGAGUUCUUGUUCCAGGAGCUCUAAAAACGACGCUGCCUUUUCUGCUCUGCUUCCUGGACUGGCUCAUACAUGAACGUGUCUUCUUCACCCGUCAAAGGCCCCCUCCUCCUUUGGUCCAUCUCCCCUCCUCACUACCCGUCCCAGCUUGUCCAGCCAGCUCUCCUGGAACUGUUCUGAUCUCAGAGGCUUGGUCUCAUUUCUUACCUGGACAGAUGAGUCCUGGGAGAGCUCUUAAGAGCUGUGCCCAGACCCCUCUCCUGCCCCAGCACACAGGGAGCAGUAGGCAUGAAUCUCGGGUCUGGGAACAAAGCUUUAACCUAAAAGGCACAAUGGCCUAAGGCAGGCUGCUUCCCUAGAGAGAUCAGACCCCAGCCAGGAGCAAUGACUGACGGGUUACAGCCUUCCCAGGGCCAUGGGGCCGGAACAUAGUGUCUGCCUUGCUUCCUGAGACAGUAACUGAGCAACGGCCACAAAGAGGUCUCCUGGGAAUCCUGUCUGCCCUGCCCACCUGCUUUCGGCCCACCCCAUCGCAGUGAA